CCUCAUCGCCGGCUUCCUGGGUUCUCCCGACCACCAACCGUUCGCUAAGGUUUCUCCAGACCCUCGCUCCCAACCUCCUCGUGCCUGAAGAUCCUGGGCCUACCAGAUCAUCUUAACCCUUUACUACAAGCCAGUCGUUGCCAGCAGGCCGGCCACACAGACACAAUGAGAGCAGUGCUUUCCCUCUUCGCCCUCGCGGCCACGGCCCUUGCGGCCAACAUCCCCCGCAGGGGAGACCGCGGGCUAGUUGAUAGGACAUACGGACAUGGUGGUGGUGGUGGUGGCCAUGGCGGCGGCGGAAAGGGCGGCGGCGGAAAGGGCGGCGGCGGCGGAGGCCACGGUGGUGGUGGUGGUGGUGGCGGCGGCGGCGGUAAGGACGAUGAGGACUGCGAGACCGUCACCACCAAGGUGAUUGUGACUUACACCACCGUCUGCCCCGUCACCGAGACCCACACCGAGCCCGGCCACACAUACACAACCACCUAUACCACGACCAGCACGGUCAAGACAGCCGUCCCUACCACCGUUGUCAUCACCAAGACGGCACCCCCAGUGACCAAGUCGACGGACCAGGUUGUCUACACUACCCUCACCGAGCUAUGCCCCGUGACCGAGACCAAGGUUGUCGAUGGCUCGACGGUGGAGAUCACCUGGACCUCGACCUCGACCGUUGUCACCAAGGUCCAGGAGACUGAGACCAUCUACACGACGUCGGUUGCGACCGAGUACGAGACGACUGAUGUGUACACAACGAUUACCUGCCCUGUCACCACCUACACCACCGUGAUCGAGGGUUCCACCGUCAAGGUCACCCAAACCGACACAAUCACCCUGACCAACACGGACGUGCACACGGUAACCGAUGUCGUCCCGGUGACCAUCACGGAGCACGUGCCGGUGACGGUCAACGUGCCGGUCACAGAACAGGAGACGGUGACGGGCUACUCGACCGUCAUCGUGGAGGCGACCGAGACGGUGUGGACGUCGACGCCGCUCCCGCCCACCACCAUCAUCCUGCCGACCUCGGUCACCGUCCCGUCCGAACCGGAGCCCUCGGUCCCCAUCGGCUCCACCCCGGUCGGCUCCAGCCCCAUCGGCUCCAGCCCCGUCCCCAUCCCCUCCAGCCCCGUGCCCGUGCCCUCCAACGGCACCACCCCGGAGCCCACCCCGGAACCCACUCCGGAACCCACCCCCACCCCCACGCCUACCGACGAUGGCCCCCCGCCCAUCGCCACGGCCGGCGCCAACAGCCUCCUCGUCCGCGGCGGCAAGGGUGUUGCUCUGCUCGCUGGGUUGGUCGGUGCUGUCGUGCUCAUCUGAGCUUGACCAGCCACCCCUAACCGGGCAGUUGGGUUUUUCUUUCAGUCUGUUCCUCUCUCUCUCACCCCUUUCUCUUUUUUUUCGUUCGUGCCUUCUACGAUCGGGAAAGGGGUGGCGGGGCUACGCAUAACACAUACGGUUUCUUCUUAACUUACGACUGGGGAUGACGGGGUCGGCGUGGGGGGAGCGAGCGUGAUGACACUCCUUUUGCUUUUUUAUUGGGGAGGGAUGCGAUAGAUACACCUGUUUGGUUUGGUUUGGUCCUUUUUUCUUGCUGGGUUGGGGUUUGGCGAUCUCCUCUCGACAUGGUACUGCAGUUACCUGGCCGGAGGGGGGUUUUGUCGGACUUGACCUGAGUGGGUGGCGGUAGUGGUGGUGGUGUGGGAUAUCUCCUUCUCCUAUGGCUUUUGGGGGGAGGGGUUAAUGCUACCUACUUAAUGUUUAUGUAUAUAUACUAUUAGGGUUUCCAUAGAAUGGGGAAUUGUUACUUUUUUUUGCA